ACACGCGAGAGACUCCAUGAUAUUGCGAGACGUAGUGCGGUGCAAACAAUGUUACAGUUGAGAAACGCUUAAUUCAAUACUUUUUCACCAAACCGAAAACAAUCAAUUUGCUCGGCUCAAUCUCAGAGUUAGAUUAGUCGGCAAAUAGUUAACAACAAGUUGUUCAAGAUGAUGUCCAGUGUGCUGAUAUGUGCUACGGAAAUAAACAAUACUCUACCAGAUAGUUCCUACUUGAAAGAAAUUAUGAUGGAUUUUGUGCCCCCGUGGGUUCUAACGAUGGGCUACAUCCCUUGGAUAUGGGCGGUUUUCGGAUCGCUGUUAGUUGGACUCAGCGGUGUUUUGCCCUUAAUUGUCAUCCCCAUCGACGAGUCAGAUGAUCUCAUCAAAGGAGCAAGUGCCAAUACUUUAAAGACUUUACUAAGUUUUGCAGUGGGUGGAAUUUUAGGAGACGUUUUUCUGCAUUCAUUGCCAGAAAUUUUUGCCAAUGAAGCAAACCACAAAAAUGGCGGACAUCAUGCCAUAAGCAGUAGUGGUAUUUUAAUAUUAGUAGGUCUAAUAGCGUUCGUAUCGAUUGAAAAGCUGUUUUCUGUGAUAGAGCAGUUCGGUAAAAAUAGCGAAAAUGACGAUAACACUUCUGAAAAUAACAACACCAAAGGGAUUGCCGAAAAACCAGUUAAAAAACACAUAACAGGCUAUCUGAACUUAGCCUCGAACACAAUAGAUAACUUCACGCACGGCCUGUCCCUAGGUGGCGCUUUCCUGGUGUCCCUCAGGCUGGGCCUGUUCACCACAUUCGCCAUCCUAGUCCACGAAAUUCCCCACGAGGUGGGAGACUUCGCCAUUUUGUUGAAAUCCGGAUUUAGCAGGUGGCACGCCGCGCUUUUCCAGAUACUGACCGCUGGGGGCGGUCUGAUAGGGGCGCUGUUCGCCAUCCUGUUCAGUGGGGUGUCAGAUUCCAUGGAAGCCAGAACAUCAUGGAUCCUUCCGUUUACUGCUGGAACUUUUCUACAUAUCGCUCUGGUAACUGUUCUUCCCGAUUUACUUAAGGAGGAAGACCCAAAAGAGUCCUUAAAACAAAUCAUCGCUUUAAUAUGUGGAAUAGUGAUAAUGGCUGCAGUUUCAUCCUUGGAAUAAGUGGAUUCAUCAAUAAAAAAGCAUUUGCUUUAAAAUUAAAUUGGAAUUUUUCACUUGAAGCAUCUCGAAGCAAUCGAUUUGCAAAACAAAACACCUACGUGGUCAAAUUGUUAUAAUUUUUUCUAUGAAAUUUUAGUUGCCAUAUUUUUCGUAGCCUUAGUGAAAGUGAUGUAUGUAAAUUUUUUAACAGUAUUUCUAGUUUUUAGUCUGUGUUAUUAUAUAAACGCCCGUUGUAAAAAUCAACAGGGUGUUUUCCAAAGCAAAUAAUAAAAAUAUUUUCAUAAUUCACAAGACGACUUGUAAUUGCUAUAUUCUAACGAAAAAUGACUACUCAUAGCAAUUACGGUAUAAAACAUAAUUGUGACACAUUUUUCUAGCUUUUGUUUGUUAUAAUAUUAACAUUUCUGGAUUUCAUGUCUGAUUUAUAUUAUAUUGUAACUUUAACAAAACAAAAUU